AAUAAGUUAAAAUGAAUUUAAUUUUUGUGAUCGCCUUAAGUGUUGCCUUUGUGGCUGUGGCAACGCCAUUGGACCUGAACGAGGAUAUAAUCAAGCUGAUCAAGCAGCAUGAUGAAUUUUGCACCAAGGAGAACCACCUGUCCGAUAAGGAGAUCGCCAAGCUGAAGGUCAAGGACUUCUCGAGUCCCAGCGACAAUUUGAAGUGCUUUAUCAACUGCACCCUGGAGAAGAUUGGCGCCCUGAAGAACGGUGUCAUCCAGGAGGACCAUGUGCUGCACGUCUUUGGCCCACUAAUCGGUGAGGAGACGAUACGCAAAAUAAUAUCCAAGUGCGGCCACCUCAAGGGAAAGAGUGAUUGUGAUACGGCAUUCAAAUUGCACGAGUGCCUUGAGAAAUUGAAGCAUGAUGCGUCAAUUUAAAGCGUCCAGCUGCACAUGCUGACAAAUUGUAAUUAAUUUAUGCUUGCAUUGAAAAACAAUAAUAAUUA